CGUACUCCAUAGUGCAUGCACCGUACGUGUCCAUCGUCACAGAGCCUUACUUGUCCAAUCGAUCUCUUCUUCUUCUUCGCCUUCUCUAUUGCUUUGUCGUCCAAUCUCUCUUUAUGGCAACAGUGGCUCUGGCGGCGGCGGUGGCGGCUCUGGCGGCCGCACCACCGCGCUUCAUUGACACCACCACCCGUGAUGUGGACGGAAUUCCGAUGUACGGCAGCCCCCACGGCCUACGGAACUUCACCCACAAAAUAUCGAGCAUCAGGGACGGGGCUCCGGCCAAUGUGGCCAACUUCACCCUCACCACCCACACCGGCACCCACGUCGAUGCCCCGGGGCACUUCAACCAAACUCUCUUGGAUGAAGGCCUCGAUGUCGACUCUCUCGACCUCGAGACCUUAAACGGUCCUUGCUUGGUUGUUGAUACUCCCCGCGACAAAAACAUCACUGCUGAGGUGAUGAGGGGGUUGAACCUACCCCGGGGAACGGAGCGGGUGCUGCUGAAGACGCUCAACACGGACAAGAAAUUAAUGAACCAAUCGGAGUUUGACUGGAGCUACACCGCCAUGACGGCGGACGGAGCUCAGUAUUUGGUGUCCAACACGGACAUCAAACUCAUUGGAAUUGAUUACUUGUCCAUCGGUGUUGCUGACCAGGUGGUGCCUGUUCACCUGACCUUGUUGAACGCCAAGGUCAUAAUCCCAGUGGAGGGAUUGAACCUGGACGGCCUGGCACCGGGAGCCUACACCGUGCACUGCUUCCCGUUGAGGUUGGUGGGCUUGGACGGGUCGCCGGCCAGGAUGCUGAAUUGGAUGAAUAAGAGUCGGAUACUCGGAUUGGUGAGGGAUGGAUUUGGGCCGGGAAAGGGACCUAGCACGGCAGUUCGUCGGGAAAGGGAGCUAUCCCGCCAAUCGGAGCAUCGCCGCUCCUCCAUCCGAUAGGCAAGCGUUAACGGAUCGGAGACGAAGGCACGCUACUACCGCCGAACAGCACAAAGUAGAGUUGGACAAAGGCGUCGGGGACAGGUGAAGUCAGCAAAAUCAGAUCCUUCGUCUUUGGAACCCAAGCUAAAGGCGUUUCGCUUCUUCCGUUCUUACUCCAUAAUAACUUCUGCGUUUCAGAGCUCGGGCGUAAAACCUAUCGAAUUUGGUUUAGCCUAGAAGCAAUUAAACGGAUGAUUGAGCUUGGGCCAUUACCAGAUUUGAAAAAAGAUGGAAAGCUUUCUCUCUAUCUCUUUUGGCUCUAAUCGAUGGGGAAGCUUGGUGAGAAGGCAUAAUCCCUAUUGUUUUUCCAGUUGAUAGAACCAAUUCGUGUCGGUCUCUAUUCUGGUGUGCUCUGGGCAGAUUCUUUGAUAAGGUUGUAGAUUACAAUGAUGGAACCUCCAUGACAGACCACCCAACCGAAGAAACUGUUGGAACUUGGAAGUACCCACUCCAUAUGGGAACUCAAUCAAAGCUCUAGCAAACCAAUUGAAGAGUUCUUUCCUUUCGGCUACAUUUCAGACUAUGGGCAGAAACUUCACUUCUUGCUUAACCCCCUCCACAUGAUUCCCCCAAUCCGGCUAUGGAGUCAGUUUCAGGCAGCAAUGUGUUUGAAUAAAUCUUCAACUAAGAACCAUUAGCAAUUGAUAUCUCUGAUUGGCUCUGGUGCCUCAGCAGUUCAAAAUCCAGAGAUAGUGAAAGGUGCAGAAGCAGAUCCUCCAAAGGAUUUGGAGGGAAUGACUUGGUCCAAUGUGGUAAGGAUGGGGGGUUGGAGGUGUCCUCUCAGGAUAUCUCUAGCUACCAAUGAGAUUGAGAAAGAUGAUGUCCUGAGGAGGAAGUGGAUGUUCAAUCUCAUAAACAAUCAGAGAUCUAUGUCUCCGAGGAAGUGGAUGUUCAAUCGCUAAAGGCAGUGAAAGGGAUGACUAGAAGCAUGACGAAGGUAAUGCUCUCUAACUCAGAAAGGGGGGAAAGACUUGCUUUGGCGGAGAAACGAACCUAUUUCCUUGCCGGAUUGGGGUUAAUU